AUGCAGCCUCCGGCAGCGGGUUCUUGCGGCGGGGAAGGCGGCGAACCGCCUGCUCUUAGCCGGAGAGAGAGUGCCGGAGAGGCGCGUUCGGGAACGGCGAUGUUGGACCUGGAUAUGGUUGAGAAGUUGAAGCAAAAGUACAUAAAGUGCAAGCAACAGAAUGACCGCCUCAAGGAAGUCUUGCUGCAGAUGCAGCAACACGGCGAACAGAAGGCCUCUUCAGAACACCAGGAACAACUGGCGACACUUCAGCGGCAGGUCGAGCAAUUACAGCAACAACUGAAAGUUCGAGACAUGGAACAACGGCAACACCUAGAGGAGCUCGACGCCUUGCAAUAUACCAACCGGAAGCAACAGCAACAGCUUCAGCAGCUUCAACAGGCUACUGCUUCGGCCUCUGGAGGCCUCGCCGGUGCUGGGGGAGGCACCAAGUGGGGCAUUGCGCUCCUUGCAGGAGCUUCGACCGGCAACGCCGCGAGGGAAGAAAGCGAGAGGCGCUUGACUGAAGAACUCCAGGUGCUCAGGGACGAGCUUGAGCACAAAAUCAGGGAGAACGAGCAGUUGCACGUGCAGCAGUUCGAAGAGAAACAACGGCAACAGGUUCAGCAGGAGAGGCUCGCCAGGCUGGACGAGGAGCUCCAGCAAGCGCAACACGCGUGUCAGCAACUGCGCCACGAGCGGGCUGAGACAGAGCGACGAGCACAGACACAGGAGGUGCUUUACCAGGAAGAGCGCGAACAGAAGCGGCAGCUUGAGGAGCGCUUCAGGGAACUGAAGAACGAAACUCAUCUUCAGCUUACUAGGCUGUCUGAACAGAAGGAUACGCUCCAGCUCCAGCAGGCUCAGCUCCGCCGCUAUUUCCGUCGGCGGCUUCCUGUGGAUCUCCGCCGCUUUCGCCUUCUCGCGAGUUACGACGUGCCUUGUGGAGGCGCCGCCGCCGUGCUGGCAGCCUACACUGUGGCCGAAAGGCAAGUGACUUCGGCGACAGGGUGUCUGUUGGUUCGUCUGCAGCAGCUUCUGGCUGCCUGGAGUGAGGCUCUUUGCUCGGGGGGUGGGCGAACCGGCGCAGGCGACUCCCAUGGCGGGGCAGAUUCGGGCCUAAGGGGCGGCGCCAUCUCGCCCCAGGGGACCGGUGAGCGAUCGCUUUCCGACGGCCCCGCAGAUGUGUCGGCUGCCGGUCUUGUGGCUAUCGGAGGCAAAGACAGGGACCGAUCGCAGGGUGAGACCGUGCGGCCGGGAGUGAACGGAGCGCGUCAACACGCCGUCCCCAGUGGGGGGAACACAACGGCGGCGGUGUCAGGCAUUCACUUCAAGUUGACUGUCGCCAAUCAGAAGGCCUUGGACGCCCUUCUCGAAGCGAGGAAGAGCAUCGAUCCCGUCAAGCGGUACUUGCUGCAGAAGCUGGUCGCGCCACGCGAGUCAGGCGACGCCGUAGGGCUCCCUCGAACGUGGGGAUACGGAGAGGAAGGAACCUGCAGCAAGAACGACCGGUCUCCGCGGGGUGGGUUUCAUACCCGCGAGAGUGAACUUCAGUGUGACGGGCGUGAACACGGUUCAGAGGGAGUGGUGACCGCGGUCGAGGCACAAAGUCGUUUGCGUCAGCUACGAGUCGCGAUUCGCCGUUUCAUCAGUUUCUCCCUCGUUUCCCUGACACUGGAAACGGACGCGUUUCCCAUUCUUGACAACCCAGAGGAAGCGGCCAACGCGGACGCCUUCGAGCCCAGUCCGGGCUCUGAGGCCCGAUGGUCGGCACGCCCGGGAUCUGGAGGCGCGGGGCCGAGCUCGGGGUCUCGAAGCCAGACAGGAGACGCACGCCGGUCCACGACCGCCUUCAUCGAGGCUUCUCGCCGAUUCGCCAAGUGCCUGUCUGUUCUCCUCGAAGUUGCGCAGCUUCUCUUUUUCCCACCAGGUAGGCCGCAGGAGGGCGCCGCCCCGGAUCCUCUCCCCGAAGUGGCGAGCCAGGCCUCAGGCUGGCCAAACUCGCUAAGAGACUUCCUGGACUCACCUGACGGCGCGCGGCAGCGGUUCGCGGGGUCACGAGCCGCAAAGAAGCGCGCGACUCGGGAAAAGAGCACGUCGGGGACUUCUCCGGGAGGCGGAGUUGGAGAGCUCCUGCCGUCCGAAGGCCCCAAGGCCUGCGUGGAGGCGUUGACGCGUCUCUCUCACGAGCAUUUCCGCGUGCUGAGAAGCGCGGUGGCGCCAAGGGAGAGCGAAGAACCGGAUGAAGAGGCCCUUGCAAAUGCUGGUGAAGCAGACGAGAGAGCCGAGACAGACGAAGCUGGGAAACCGGUCCAUUCCGGUUCACAGCCACCUGUUCCCAAGGCUGGUCAACCCAGUGGAACUCGGUUUUUUCGUCAAGAAGAGGGAGAAGCUUUGUUCGCGGCAGCGGAGAAGUCAGCUGUCGCUAGGGCAGCGGCGAUAUCUGCAGUAAAGCACGACGUCGCCAAGCAUUUCCUUCAGCAAGUGUUCUUCAGGCACCUCGACGAAGCCAUGAUGAACAUGGCGACGAUGGAAGGCUGUAUCUCCGCGCGGAUGUGCCGGCCCCACGUCGUCGAGGGUCACCUCCUUCCCCUCUCUGGGGGCAGCGACGCCAUGGUUGAUCUGGUCCAGGCCCUCAAGUUGAUAGAUUCUUACAUCCCUUUUCCCGCUCUUCUCCCGCAUCUGUCUUCGAUGGGGGCGAAGAAGGCCGCGAUGCCCACCUCCGAUUCCGCUGGCGGGUCUCCUUCCUCGUCCCACUGGACAGCCGCAAGGAGCGAGUUGGUGUCCAUGCCCAUGCGAUUCACGAUGCCUGAAAAAAGGAAAGAGGGAACGAACAGUACCGUCGCCGUUUUGCGCGAGGGUCUGGGGGCCCUCGUCUCCUCUCGUCUCGCUCUCUGGUCUCGCUUUCUCCGCCUCCCUGUCCUGGACUCGGCUCUUUACAGGCUGCAAGACUUCAUGAGGACGCGCCAGGACGCCCUGCGGAGCGCCCCGCCUCGCAUGCUGCGUGACGACGCCCUGUACUUUAGAGAAGAAGUUCAGAGACUGACAGAAGAAGAGCAGCGUCUUCACAGGCGGUUGGAGUCCGUUCAGCUCGACUACGACGAAGUUUUGGAAGAGCGGGAUCAGUUGAUGCAGGACAAGGACGAGCUUCGCGACCGCUACGCCGUCAUGCAGACCCGCUUUGAACUCGCGCGUGGAGGGUUCAGUUCCCACGGCGCCUCGGCUCUCCAGCGCCCGCUGCAGCUGGGGGGCGAGAACGAGCGGGAGACGAUUCGAAACGAAGCGGCGACCGUGGAGCUCUCGGGUCCCCGCGGAAUGGAGAGCAAGCGCGUGUGUCUCCAGAGAGGGACAGCACGCACUGUCAUUCUGGAGUGCUCUGGUCUGUCUUGUGUCGUUAAUGGUCCAGGCUCUCAACACUUAGGCGCGGCAGUAGCGGCGGUAGCUGCUGAGGACGCAUGCGCUGCGGCCGCGAAGCUCAUGGUGAUGGCGAGGGGUUUUCGCCUUUCUGGCUCAGAAACAAGCCUGCCGGCGCUAGGGUGCCCGUCCCGCGAGGCUGCUGCUGCGAUGAUGGAAGCGGCUCUUCUACAGCGUGGGAGCAUCUUCCGAGCUGCCUCCGAAUCGGCUGUGUCGACCGCUGCAACGGAUGCAGCGGAAGCUGUUAUUGCUUCACUCGAGGCAUGUGAAGGCACUGGAGACGGCAAGUCGGCGAUAGAGUCGCUGGAAUAUCAGCAGGAACUGCGGCAAGUCUACGUCCAGCAAGUCCAGCAGUUACUGCAGCAUGUCCAGACCAGCGAGGAUGCGCUCGCAGCCCUGAAGAUGCAGCUCAGCAGUUGCUUGAAAACCAUCCACGCCCUCGAUAGCCAGCGACACGUUCUCCAGAGGCAGCUGCAGGAGCAACAGAGUGCGGCGGCAGCGGCUGCGAGUGCGGCACGGCUGGCGGAAGUGAAGUAUAUGGAGCAGCUGUCGGUCCUGAGCGAGCACUAUUGCCAGGAGGGGGAGAAACGGAAAGCCGUAGAAGUCCACAUGGAUGACAUGCGGAAACAGAGAGUCCUGUGUGGACGCUGCGGAGUUUGGAAUUCCCUGGGUUUCCUCCUGGGCGCGACUAGCGGAGGAGCGUGCACUAUGUGCCAUGGAAGAGUGAUUGAACCGCCAGCGUGA